UGCCUACCACCAGACCUGGAGUGUGGCUGAGAGGCAGUAGUAAGAACGAGUCAAGGAGUAGCUGUAGAAAGGCUGCAGAAAGAAUUAAUAGUAGAUUGGUACGUCUCAGUUAUGAAAGGGUUAACCAGCUGCUUAUCUUUAUAUAGUCAGUCAGUCGAGGACAGAUCGUGAGGAGGGCAAAACACAACUGCUGUCUUCAGGAUGUUAUUCGCUGUUCUUGUCUUGAUUCUGUCGGCAUCUAUCGCUGAUUCUACGAGUUCAGCUCUUGCUACACCUAGCCAUGGGGUAGACAUAGAAACCUCUCACAACCAGAUCCACGCGGGACUCACCAACCAGCUGACAAUCAACUGUACUUUCACGCACGAACAGGGCUCUAACUUUAGCACCAUCUUGUCGCUGAUACUGUCCAAGACGGAUUCUGCUAACGACUCUACCUACAGGGAAGUUGCUUCUAUUACGGCGUUUUCGAACGAUAAAGUGGACGAAAAAAACACAAUGGAUGCACAAGUGACUGGUCACCACAGAGUGGAUGCUUAUUCCUUCAUCGCUCUAGAGGUACAGUAAAUGGAUUGUCAGUCAAUAUUUCUGAAGUAUUUCUGUUUCCGGAAAGAAAUUGUUUCUGUAUCUGUUUUACUUUUCCAGCACUAAAUUACCAUUAUUUAGUCAAUGCACUUCCCUUUACUCAAACAACCAAAACUGUACUAA